AUGCAGGGUUUUAAUAUGGGCCGCUAUGUCCCUCCGGACCUCGAAGGCACAACAACCGGCAACGCCCUGCAUUCCAAACACCCGCUCGGCUCGCGCGCGCGCCACCUCCAAACGAAAGGCGCGCUAAUCGUACGCUUUGAAAUGCCCUUUGCGACAUGGUGCACGACCUGCGUACCGGAAACAAUCAUCGGACAGGGGGUCCGGUUCAAUGCGGAGAAGAAGAAGGUUGGGAAUUACCACUCGACGCCGAUCUACAGCUUCCGGUUCAAGCACAGUGUUUGCGGUGGAUGGAUUGAGAUCCGUACGGAUCCGAAGAAUACGGCGUAUGUUGUUACUGAGGGGGGCCGGAGGCGGGAUUAUGGUGUCGACGAGGCGGGGAAUGCUGUUGGGGAGAUCAUGGUGGGCAAAGCCGAGGCUGGAACGGAUGACCCCUUUGCAAAGAUUGAGGGUAAGAUUGAGGAUAAGCGCGUCGUCGACGAGGCGCGGACUCGGAUACUGGAGUUGCAGCGCCGGCAGGAUCGGGACUGGGAUGAUCCGUAUGAGGUCUCUAGACGGUUACGGCGCGGGUUCCGGGCAGAGAGGAAGGUUCUUGAGAAGAAAGAGGAAGGGAAGGAGGCGCUUAAGGAAAAGAUGAGCCUGGGUAUUGACAUUGUGGAUGAGACGGAGGAGGAUCGACUGCGGGCUGCGAUGGUAGAGUUUGAGGAGGGUGUUGGGCUUGGAGGCGGGUUGCGGACGAAGGCGUUGUUUGACAAGCCGAUUUCAUCUUUGUCUUCGACUACGGACGCGUCUAGGAAAGGAAACGGUGUGAAUGGGAGCAAGAGUGUACAGGGCGGGAAGCGGAAAGCGGCGGAUCUUGUUGCGGAGAGGAAAGCAGCGUUUCGGAGUGAGUUGACGGGGAAUACGCGUGCUGCGCUUGAUCCGUUUCUCAAUGAUGGGGAUGGAUGGCAGCCGGGGGGCAAAAAGAAGAGGAGGGUGCUAGGCAAGGGAGAGGGAAAGAAGGAGGGUGAUGCACAAGCCGCUCCUACGGACACGGCGCACAACACUGAGGAGAACCAAGAGACAAACCGGCAUACGUCUGCACUGGUUGACUACGGGUCCGACUCGGAAUGA